UAUGGCGUCCUUGACGACAAGAACCAGCCAACUGAAGCAGCGUCUUUUGGACCCGAAGCUGGCUGAAGAGAAGCUGAAGAAACAGGCCAGACGCCGCGUCCAAAUAGUCAAAGAGAUAUUGGCAACCGAAGAAACGUACCACAGACAUCUUAAACUUAUGGCAGACUACUUCGAGAUUCCACUCCGUGCCCAGAAGCUCCUCCCGAAUGCCCAGAUCAGCAUCAUCUUCGGCAACAUCCAGCAGCUAAUUCAAGUCAAUAACGAACUCCGCCUCCACUUGGAGGAGAUGGAGGUCGGGAAUGCCUUCCUCCAGAUGGGACACUUCCUGAAACUGUACUCGGUUUAUGCUAAAAAUCACACAUUGGCUAUCACAACAUUAGAGGAUGUCGAGUCUAGAAAUCCUGACCUCGUGACCUUCAGGAAUCGUCAGGAGGACCGCCCAGAAGUACAGAUGAAGCUUAACGCAUUGUUGAUUACACCCGUUCAGCGAGUUCCGAGAUACAAAUUGCUGCUUGAUGAUCUCUUGGCCUGCACUCCUACUACCCACACCGAUUACGCGUCCUUGAAAAAGGCCGCAAAACAGAUCAGCACGGUCGCUAGACACAUCAACGACCAUAUAAAGGAACAUGAGAACUUUCAGAAGAUGAUCGAAAUACAGAAAAGCUUGGAGGGGAGCGGUGCACCGAAGAUUGUUGCGCCUGGCCGAAGAUUCAUCAAGGAGGGGAUUCUAAAGAGGAUGUCAAGAAAUGGCGGCCGGUCCUACGAGCGGAUGUUCUUCCUCUUCUCCGACAUGGUGAUGUACGCCAAACCCAAGCUCCUCGACAACGGUAAACACCACAACAGCUGUUGCUGCGUUCUACCGUUGCAUCAUUGCUCCGUUGAAAACAUGUUUGGGUGCUGCGCGUCGAAGGAUAGCCCCAUGAGCCCCGAUGACAGGGGUGCGAUGUUUAGGUUAUCGUGUAAGGAUGAAAACCUGUUGCUGUAUUCUGAAAAUAAGGAGACAGUUGUAGAAUGGAUGAAAGCUUUUCUGGACACGAUUGGACAGGUGAAACAGUCGCGUCAGACCUUGAGGAAGGAGAGCAGCGCUAAACGGCCGAUGAGGCGGUCGGCGUUGCAACGCCAGUGCAGACGCGACAAGAUGAAAAAGAUGCGAGAUGACCUUAAGGCAGCAGAUGAGACGACAUUGGUCACAGAUGACACUGAAAACGUAACAUGCAAGACCACAACCCCAGCAUCCUGCCGCCCAGAAGCUCAAGCGAUACUGAAGUAUAGGAAGGUGCUGAAACAGGACGGUGAGAGGCUGUUUUGUACGCCGAAGAAACGACUCAAGUUAGACAAGGAAGAGACGUCUGCUGCUGUCGCACCAGAGGAUUCCUUUGAACUUGUCGACGACCCAGGAAUGGACGAGUUCAAUGUCACCAUGCCAAGAUUCUUCAAACAGCUAUCCAACGUCAGUAUGCCAGAAGCGGCAGGAAAUUGUGACGGGUCGACUCUGCAGGGUGCUGGAGGGCACUAUGAGAGGUGUGGGACCUUACCGAAGGACGCGUGUCUGCAGGGAUUGGAUGGCGAGGCAGUAAAGUGUAACACUGCCGUGGACACGCUGAAGCGACGGUUGAAGAACUCUAGAGCUGGCCACACGAUCAGAGGUUCCAUCAACCGGUCCCUAACUCGUAUCAAACGGAGGAUCCGUAUUCCACUGCCGCGUAAACGCUCGAAGUCGGAAAGUGCUGCGUCACCAAGUGACCCAAAUGCGCCACUCCAAUUUCAAGAAUCGUCAACGGAUCCCUUCAGUGAGGAGGAAAUACCACAAGAGGGGCAAGAACAAGAAAACGUCUAUGACGAAAUCAGUUUCCUACCUCAACCCGAUAUGAGUCUGCCUCCUAUGAGUCUAAACUCCUUGCCCACGCACCCUUGGGAGAAUUUUCCGAAACGUCGACACAUCAGCGUCCAGUCGCAAAAUAUGUCUAGUUUGCAUUUGCAGAAUAUCAACAAUCAGCCGGAGGGUUUGAUGAGUAGUCUGUUGCAGCCUAUGAGUAUGCAACCGCAAAGUUUUUGUCCGCCCCAAAGUUUCAGUCGGCCUGGGGGAAUGCCAAGUGCAACGCUCCAGAGAUUUAGCGAGCCGCAGAGCUUGAAUUGUCGGCAGCCCGGGGUCGUGAGUCGGGAUAUGAACAGUUUUGAACCGCAAAGCUUGAGAAAUUUUCAGCGAGAAAGCUUGACUGAUGAGCCUCUUAGCAUGGACUAUUUGAGUGUGAAUUCUGUCGCACAGGAGACUUUGAAUUGCACUGCUAGGGAACAAUCGAAUUCGGGUAUGAGAAGUCUUGAACAGCCGCUUAGCAUGGACUCUACCCAAAUGCCAGGUAUGAAAACUACUGGACCUCAGAGUUUGAAACGUAACGAAGAUGAUUCUGAUGAGGCAGAUCGGUUGAGUUUCUUUGGGAUGUCCGGACAAUACGUUCGAACCCAAGAGGCCGGUUUUUAUGGUCCGGAGAACAAUUUUCUCUCACUACCCCCUGUGUUAGAUGCAAGAAAUGGAAAGAUAGGGCCGUCGAGGUAUGGAAGGUCAGUGUCCUGCUCAAAUCAACUCCCGGUACUUCACGAAUUAAAGGCAGUUGGAAAUGCAGAAACCCCGUUCCUGACGGAGUCCGUUGUGAAGACAUCUGACACUCUGUCCUCGAAUCGGCCACUGGAGGCGUGGGGCGAGAAUUCGAACGCGUUGAAUCAUGAAAGUAGAGAUCAUCUCCCUUCUUCCACUACUUCUGAAGUUGAGUUAGAGAAGAAAGAAUCAUGUACAAUUUUGUAAUGUAAUAUCAGCUUAGGUGCAUCGCGCACAAGCGAUUUUUGUCGCUAGGACCAAUUUGAACGAAUCUUGCGCAAUUUUGUAAUGUCAACAAGCGAUUUGGUUUAUCACUGUGAUUUGCAACAAUGGGUGAUAUGAAUAAAGACUAGCAAUUGCUUUUACUGAAAACCCCAUGUACAUUUACACUAGGCCUUUCUGUACAAAACUGAAGUAAAAGCAUUUACUAGUCUUUAUUCAUAUCCCCCAAUUAAUUUGGCUGUCUUCCAGUUCUUCAAUGUAUUCCCAUUGCGUGGC